GUCUUACUUUUUAAUUAUUGUAUUUUGACUACGCAAUUGUAUACAUGUUUGCAUUGUUUUUUAUUUUCUAACUUUUUUUUUUUUGUAUGAUUUUAGGUGAAAGUGUAUCCUUUUGAGGGUUCAAGUUUGAGCUUUAUUUGUAUAUUUAUUUAUUUUAUUUGAUGAGUGCUUGAGAUAUUGUUUCCUGCCCUUUCGGCUAGCUUUCACAAAAUCUAUUAAUCAACAUUGGAAGACCAUUACAAUCAUGUGUGAUACUAUGUCUGGACCACCUAAGCCAGGAGGAGGAGUUGAAGGAAAUUGUCAUGAGGAUGAGAAGAAGACAAAACUUAUUGGAUCUUUCAAGAAGAAGGCAAUUAAUGCUUCCACCAAAUUUAGGAAUUCAUUGACAAAGAAAGGAAGAAGGAACAGUAGCAAGGUUAUGUCUGUAACCUUUGAGGAUAAUGACUUUAAUCCUGAGGAGUUGCAGGCUGUUGAUGCUUUUCGACAAGCACUAAUCUUGGAAGAGCUAUUACCUUCAAAGCAUGAUGAUCACUACAUGAUGCUAAGAUUUUUGAGGGCAAGGAAAUUUGAUAUUGAGAAGGCAAAGCAAAUGUGGGCUGAUAUGCUGCAAUGGAGGAAGGAAUUUGGUGCUGAUACAAUUAUGGAGGAAUUUGAGUUUAAGGAAAUAGAUGAAGUUCUAACUUACUAUCCACAAGGACAUCAUGGAGUGGAUAAGGAAGGAAGACCUGUUUACAUUGAAAGACUUGGCCAAAUUGAUUCAAACAAGCUUAUGCAAGUCACAACAAUGGACCGUUAUGUGAAUUACCAUGUCAGAGAAUUUGAAAGAACCUUUGUUGUUAAAUUCCCUGCAUGUUCUAUAGCAGCAAAGAAGCACAUUGAUCAAAGUACUACCAUUUUGGAUGUUCAAGGAGUGGGGCUUAAAAAUUUUAACAAAGCUGCAAGGGAUCUAAUCCAGCGCCUUCAGAAGAUUGAUGGCGACAAUUAUCCUGAGACCCUGAACCGCAUGUUCAUCAUUAAUGCUGGUUCUGGAUUUAGGUUAUUGUGGAGCACUGUUAAAUCAUUCAUAGAUCCAAAGACCACUUCAAAAAUUCAUGUUCUUGGUAACAAGUACCAGAGCAAGUUGCUUGAAAUAAUUGAUGCUAAUGAAUUGCCAGAGUUUUUGGGUGGUACUUGCACUUGUGGAGACAAUGGUGGUUGCAUGCGCUCUGAUAAGGGUCCGUGGAACGACCUAGAAAUACUUAAGAUGGUGCAAAAUGGUGAAGUAAAAAAAUGCACAAGAAGAGCAUUAAAUGACUACGAGGAGAAAAAUGUCUCUAAGAAAGAGAAGAGAUGUCAUUCUUUCAACUCAGAAACAGCUCUAGACACUUCAAGGGAGUCUCCGAUACCUUGUUCUAUUUCUGAAGGUGCUUUAACAACCCAAGCCUGCAAAAAUGACAACUUUACCCCAAUGGUUGACAAGAAUGUGGAUGCAUCAUGGACUAAAGCCACUAAAAGAGAUAGAUUCAUCCAAAAUAAAGAUACAAGUACUUUGUGCAUGAAUGAUGGUUGCAAAACUACUGAAGGAUCAAACAAUUUGUUAUUUUCUGGAAUCUUGGCCAUGGUGAUGGGAAUUGUCACAAUGAUCCGACUAACACGAAACAUGCCAAAGAAAAUUAUUGAAAUGGCUGUCUAUGGCAGCCCUAUUUACUACAAUGAGAUGACAAUGAUCAAACACCAUAAGUUGGACGUACCGGUGGCUGUCGAGGCCAUCUCGAACACUGAGUAUAUGGCCAUGAUGAAGCGCAUGGCUGAACUUGAAGAAAAAGUUAGUGUUCUUAAUAUGAAACCAGUAUCCAUGCCUCCUGAGAAAGAGGAAAUGCUGGCUGCAGCUGUCAAACGGGUCAAUGACCUAGAACAAGAGUUAUCACUAGCUCAUAAGGCACUUGAAGAUGCUCUUGCUCGGCAAGACGAGCUUGUUUCAAGGAUUGAAAAGAAAAAUAAGAAGAAGAAGAAGAAGUUUAACCUUUUCCAUUGGUGAGAGAUAUAUUUAAGAUCACAUCUGGAAAUGUUGUUUGGAGUUUUGGUGGCCAUGUUGAUUUCAGCCCCACUAAUAGUAUAAUUAUUUAUUUAUUUUUUCAUUUUCAAAAUGCUUUCGGUUUGAAUUUGUUUUGUUAAUUCUCAACUCAAGUAAUCUGUACAUUAUUACUAUUAUUACACAAUGUAAACCUUUAUAGUUAAAAUGUAUAUACUAGGAAAUAUGUAUGUGCUCCACGCAUAUUUUCAUAUAAUAAUUGAAAAAGAAUUUUCAUAUUUGUUUAGUU